AAUUAAUAGAGAAGCAGGAGGGGAGGAGAGAGUUAUUAGUGAUGAUAUGGGACAUAAUGCGCUUGAAUUUUGCAUCAGAACAUGGGCAAAAAUGCCGGUGAACAAAGUAGUAAAAUCGAUCAACUUUGAGAUGAUAGGAGAAGAAGAGAAAAUGAAGCAUAUUUCUAGUAGAUUAAUACAAAAAACAAGUAGAAAGCAAGUUGGUAGAGGUAAACGGGUAGUUUCAGCAGCAGAACGUCUUCCAUCGGAGCUUAUUUUGGCUAUUUUUAAGUAUAUUUCAUCAGGAAGUGAUAUGCAAUCAUGCCUUCUUGUAUGCUGGUCAUGGUGUUAUUGUAGUGUUGAAAGUCUUUGGUAUCGACCGUUUUUAUAUCAAUCAUCGAAUCUUAUAAAGUUUUGUAAUACUUUAUGUCGAAAAAACCUAUCAUUUAAUUAUGCACAACUUAUACGACGACUUAACUUAAGUUAUGUAUGUGAUUAUGUAUCGGAUCAAUAUCUUUCGAAACUUGAUAAAUGUACACGUCUUGAAAGGCUGACACUUAUUGGAUGCAAAAGAAUUACAGAUAAAGGAAUACAUGAUAUUUUGUCUAAAAAUCCGAAUCUUCUUGCAUUAGAUUUUACGGGAUUAGAGCUAAUAACAAAUAAAACGUUAUUUUGUAUUGCCAAAUACUUAAAAAACUUGCAAGGUCUUAAUCUUACGAACUGCAAGAAUAUUACGGAUGAAUCUAUCAUAGCGAUUGCUAAUUCAUGCUCUAAUCUACGCAGAAUCAAAUUAAAUGGAUGUCAUUUGAUUACGGAUCUUUCGGUUUUGUCAUUAACAUCAAGAUGCCCUUCAUUGCUCGAAAUAGAUCUUGAUAAUUGUUUUGAAAUUACAAAUCAAUCAGCUAAUGCAGCAUUUACUAAAUUAAAUAAUUUAAGAGAAUUAAGACUUGCACAAUGUACAUCGAUAACCAAUGAACUCUUUUUGAAUAUGGAAAAUGAAAGAUAUGAGCAUUUACGUAUAUUGGAUUUAACAUCGUGCACAAGGAUCACGGAUGAUUGCAUUUAUCACAUUUCUUUGGCGAUUCCGAAACUUAGAAAUUUAAUUCUUGCAAAAUGUUCUAAUAUUACGGAUAGAGGUGUGAUGUAUAUCGCUAGACUAGGGAAAAACAUACAUUUUCUUCAUUUAGGUCAUUGUAGUGCCAUAACAGAUCGUAGCAUUAUUUACCUUAGUCGAUAUUGUUCUCGAUUACGUUAUCUCGAUCUAGCAUGUUGCACUCAACUUACUGAUCUUUCGAUUUGUGAGUUAGCAUCUUUACCGAAAUUAAAAAGGAUAGGACUUGUAAAGUGCGCAAACAUAACAGAUUUAUCUAUUUUUGCUUUAGCAAAUCAUAAAAUGGCCGAAAAUGCAUUAGAACGCAUUCAUCUUUCUUAUUGCGUUAAUCUUACAUUACACGCUAUUCUCGAAUUAUUAAAUACAUGCAAAAGACUUACACAUUUAAGUUUAACAGGCGUUUCACAAUUUUUGCAACCAGAAUUUACACAAUUUUGCCGGCCUUCACCUAAAGAUUUUAACCCUCACCAGCAAGCCGUAUUUUGCGUUUUUAGUGGAUCUGGCGUAAUUAAACUACGAAAUCAUUUGAACAAUUUAAUAAAAGAAGCAAAGAUCAGAACCCAAUUUCAGCAUCUAACACUAGAAGAAACUUUUGAAGAAAACGAAAAUAAUUAUAAUGUCGUUCCCGUUGAAACACAGGAAGUUUUUGAGUCAUUUGCAUAAUAAUAAGUAUCAUUUAAUACCAUUUAUAACUAUAUUCAAACACAAU